AACAUCUCCUGUUGAGCCAUUUCCCCAAAGAGCUGCAGGAAUGCAGGCAAGCCACCAUUGAUCGCAGAGAGUAGCAAUGGCAAGAUGCUUUUGGACAAUGUUGUUUCUUCUCUCUGCCCUUUUCCUUCAGACAGAGCAGACAGUGUUUAUAUCAACUGAUGAUGCAAACAAAGUUAUCAAGAGGCAUCGACGUGCCAACUCCCUGCAUUUUGAGGAGGUCUUGCAAGGCAGUUUGGAAAGGGAAUGCCUUGAAGAGAGAUGCACGCAUGAGGAAGCAAGAGAAGUAUUUGAAAAUGAUGAAAUGCUCAAAAUGUUUUGGGAUAACUACUACGGUGGCUGGAGGUGUUCCUCCAGCCCAUGCCAGCACGGUGGCCUGUGUGAGGACACCAUCCGUGGCUACACCUGCACCUGCACUGCGGGCUUCGAGGGGGAGGACUGCGCCUUCGCUAAAAAUGAAUGCCGGCACCAAGGAAAAGAAGGAUGUCAGCACUUCUGCUACCCAGGAACUAAUUCCUACCAUUGCUCCUGUGCUGACGGCUAUGAGCUCGGGAAGGACAAAAAACAAUGCAUCCCACUAGAUCAAUGUGCAUGUGGCAGACUUCAAGACAGCGAUAAUCUGAUAAGCGAAACCCCAAAGGAACAUGGCAAGCAAUUUCCUUGGCAGGUCCUGUUGCUGAACUCAGAAGGGAAAGGUUUCUGUGGAGGAGUGCUGCUAAAAAGUAACUUUGUACUGACCACAGCGGAGUGCGCCCUUCUGCACAACCAUUUUAAAAUCAGGGUUGGCACUGGGUGUAACAGAACAAGCGGAGCCGAGAAGAUCAUGGAAGUUCAUGAGAAACACAUUCACAUCCGGUAUGACGAAGACACUGGUGAGAAUGACGUUGCACUGCUGCAACUCCAAGAGCACAUUGAUUGCAGUAACCACCAGCUUCCUGUAUGCAUCCCUGAAAGAGACUUUGCAGAACACAUUUUGAUUCCAAAAUUGGCUGGUACAGUCACUGGUUGGAAAAUGGAAGGUGGUGAAUUUCAAGGCGACGAGUUGCAGGUUUCAUAUCUUCCCACCGAGGAUUGUGAACAAAUACUCAAUGUAAGCCUCACAAACAGGCAGUUUUGUGGACACAGCCAGGAGGCCAUAGAGAAACAGCUGGCUGGAGGGAGCUUUAUGGCCACUGUGUAUAAGGGCACAUGGUUCCUGACUGGUAUUCUGGGACCUUGGCCACUAGAAGAUGCUGACAGGAAAACAUUUUUAUUUACCAACACAGCUAGGUACAUGAUAUGGUUUAAACAAAAAAUGAAGUAAGAUGCAAACACAACCAAUCCUCCACUACCAAACCCCUACCAAUCACUGCAAGGAAACAUGCGGAAGCAGCCAGUAGAGCCAUCUGAUUAUCACCAUUUGCAGCAGUGGAAGUUGCAAUGAUGAUACUUAUUUUACUCCAAUUCAUACAGAAAAGCCCAUUUGUCUUUCCUUCCUCUGGUAACACGCAGUACUGUAAAAGCCAUGAUGCAGAAAACCUAGCUGCUUUACUAAUAAACAGACUGAACUUUAA